AUGAAUCGCAUCGCUGAGCAGCUCACAUUGUCCGCCUCUGACAACCCCAACAAUCACCUCGAUGGCGGCAGCAGCAACGCCUGCGGCACCGGCGUCCAAUUCGAGCUCGCCUCAGGCAACAACCCAGCGGCGUUCACGCAGCAAUACACCGACGUAAAGUCCGAAAAGGAUGCACGCAUCAAGAUGGACCACGGCACGACAACUCUGGCAUUCAAGUUCAAGCACGGAGUACUCGUCGCGACUGAUUCUCGCGCGACCUCAGGCAACGUCAUUGCGUCGCAGUCCGUCAAAAAGGUGAUUGAGAUUAACCCGUAUUUGCUCGGAACCAUGGCUGGUGGAGCGGCGGAUUGCUCGUUCUGGGAGCGCGUUUUGGGCAUGGAGUGCAGGCUGUAUGAGCUGCGCAAUAAAAAGAGGAUUUCAGUGGCGGCUGCGUCCAAGCUGCUGGCCAACCUGGUCUACCGGUACAAGGGCAUGGGGCUGUCAAUGGGCACUAUGGUUGCUGGGUGGGAUGAGAGCGGGCCGGGGCUUUACUAUGUGGAUUCGGAGGGGCAGCGGGUGGUGAAUGAUUUGUUUUCGGUUGGGUCUGGGUCGACGUUUGCGUAUGGUGUGCUGGACUCGCAUUACCGCUUUGAUAUGAGCGUUGAUGAGGCGAAGGAUCUGGGAAGGAGGGCCAUUUACCACGCGACCCACCGUGAUGCGUACUCUGGCGGCAUUGUGCGCAUGUACUGGGUUAAGGAGGACGGGUGGGUGGCGUACCCGCUGGAGGACGUCGGCGAGCUGUACUUCCGCUACCACCCCGAGAUCGAGCUCACCCACGCGGCCGAGUCUCCGCUGACCGCCCAGCGGGCUGCCUAA